AUGUUUUCGGAAAGGAGCGUGAAACUUCAACUUCAACAUGUCAACCUUGCUUCGAAGUUAGCUGCAGCUUGUGGACUACGUCUACGCCCUGAUAAAUGCAAGCAGAUGUGGAUCCCUUCGAGACCUCGAACGGGAAUCAGGGUGAACGGACAACCGAUAGAACUCGUCGAUGAGUUCUGUUACCUGGGCUGUACGCUGAAGAACAACGGUAGCUACGAGAGAGAUGUUCAGCAAAGAUGCGCUAAGGCCACUUCUGCAUUUAACUCCUUAACGAAAUGCCUGUGGUCGACCCCAUCACCAACGAAGUCAACGAGAUCACAGUCGAUCUAA